CAAAACCAGUGGCGAUCCACGCAACCGCACGCCCAUCACGUUGUGCACUGCACAUGGAUCGGGUCGAGGUGACCACGCCACACCCAGCGGACCGAGUGGCUGUGCUGGAGGAGCGGCUUGUGUAACAGCUGUAUCCGCCAGUGGCACCGACACAGCCAGCGCCAGCUCCGAGUGAGAUGUCCAGAGGAGGCGGCGCGUCCAGCGGCCUCUCAGCGCCACAGGGGCCGCGAAACAGUUGAACAUAUUCGGGCAUAGUUUGCGAACAACACUGUUUGCGUGCGUAUGUUUUUUGUCAGAGCUGUAGCCACUUUUUUUUGGAGGAAUGAGAGGCGUAUGUCCGGCUCUCAACAUGGGAUUGUUUUUGCACGCUGUUGGCUCUGUCACCCCCACCGAGUCCGCAGCAGACAGGAGCCUACUGCACUGUGAAGGUGUGAACAACCAGAGCUACGUCUGUGAGUCUGGACACUGCUGCGGGGAGUCCCUGUGCUGCAGCUACUACUAUGAGCUCUGGUGGUUUUGGUUGGUGUGGGCGAUCAUCUUCAUCCUGAGCUGCUGCUGUGUGUGUCACCAUCGCCGCACCAAACAACGUCUGCAGCAACAACAACGGCAGCACGAGAUCAACCUCAUCGCCUACCGCGAAGCACACAACUACCCCUCCGUGCCCUUCUUCUUCAGGUUUCUGCCAAACUACCUCCUGCCUGACUACGAAGAGGUGGUCAACCGGCCCCCGACACCCCCCCCUCCCUACAGUGCCUUACACACAGGCCCAUCCUCAGUGGCUACUAGCCCCCUGGCUCCUGAUCAGCAGGAGGGACACUGUCCAAACAUCCAGCCCACUCCGGUGCCCCCGGUCUCUGACAGUCUGUGCAGACCCGGGACAGAGGAACCACAGCCCCCCACCUUAGACUUGAGGCCAAAGCCUGACAACAAGCCGCAAGAGUCUGGCGUGAUACUGCUGUCAGAUGGACUCAGGGAGGGACUUAGCAGCCCGGAUAAAAGGAGCGGAGGUGCGGAGGACUGCUGUAAGGACCCCCUGUUGAAGGAGCGGACGGAGGGUCCUGCUGAGGACAAAGAUCGAUUCCUCAAUGGACGGAGGAGGCGAUUCACGGGGGACUCCGGGAUUGAGGUGUGUGUGUGCGGCUCACGAGGGAGCAGCGGUUUUAGUGGAGCUGGAGGGACAGGCCAGGAGGGAAAGGAGUUGAGGGAGCUAGAGGGCCUGCUGGGGCAUGAGGGGGUAGAUGAGGAGCAGGGGGGAGAGGAGGAGGAGGAAGAAGAGGAAGAGGCGGGCGACUUCUGCGACAGCUGUGGCAAUCGAGUCUCCUUCAGUGUGGAGGAGGAGCAGGCGCCGGGCGAGCCGGAGAGGCGGGUCGCACCCGGGCCUCCUCAGCCGGCUAAUCAAACAAGCGGUGCCGCGCCCCACCCCCCCGUGUGCCUCCUCCACACCAUCAACGAGCAGGAGGGGCCGCACCUCGGCCCCAGCACUGAGCCGCAGGGCUGACACACACACCUGCAUGUCGGAGAGGGAAGAGGCUUUUGUAUCUGACGGGUGUUUUAUGUCUAAAUGCUGAGUGUGAGUAUAUGUGUGUAGAUAAAGCAGGUGUGGGAGCGGGAAGUUGAAACUCAACAAAAUAUGACAGAGAGUUAAGAAAACCUGCCCCCCCCCCCCCCCCUCACACUGGAACGGUGGCCUUAACCUGUGUUUUUUUGGGUUACGUUCGGGCAGUCCAAGCCCCUUUAACAAGCCUGGGGCAAAUUGAGACUCCUCACACACACACACACACACACACACACACACACACACACACACACACACACACACACACACACACACACAGUCCUUCAGUUGACCUUGUCAUGCAACAGAAACUACUGACACACAGUCAAAGACUUGAAAGCUAAAGCUGUGACGUCAGGAAGGGACAUUCACUGCCCUGGAUUAACGCAGCUCUACAUUUUGGGUGCUUGCAACGUUUCUACCAAGGCAUUUUUCAAGGCAGGAAACUAGGUAGUAAAAAAAAAAAAGGAACACAUGCAGCAGGAACAUUUUUGGGUGAGUGCAAUGUGGAUUUGCCACCGUGCGUGCUUAUGCAAACUGAUACUGUACAGGGACGCUAGAACAAGACUGUGUGUGACGUCCCAUCAGAUUUCAGAAGUGCUUUUUUAGCUUUUUAAAAACCGCUCUGCCUUGUGUGUGUUUGUGUUGCUCUCUAUCUGCCCCAGCUAGUCAUAGACUGUGAGCAGUUCCUAUUUUGCACAAAGUAUAUGUAUCUUUAUAAAUGAAACUUUAAUGGCUUAAACAAAUCAAAACAGAAAUAGCUUUCAGUCUUAAAUUGCAGUUACAUAAUUUAGUGUCUUAGGGUUUUGGGGCAACAUCAAUAAGAAAUGGACCUCUGGAUUGUUAGUAGGGAAUGCAACAGACUCACUCUGUACACAAUCACUUAAAAAAAUAAAAUAAUGGAAUGUUGUAGUAUGUGCCUACGCUCCCCAAAGAAAAUGCAGAACUUUUAUGGAACAAUGACGGUUUCAAUGAAACUGAGAGACAAUGAGAAAGCAGGUACCAAAAAUAGAAAAUAAUAUAUAAAAAAAGCUUCUUAGAGAUUACAGAUGAGAACGUCAGACUUCAUACUCAGUCGCUUCUAUACAUAACCGCCUUCACCAGCUAUACAAAUAUUGACACCCUGUACUGGAAUUUCAUAAUAGCACAACCUGAAUACACUUUCGCUGUGGAAUUCAUCCACUAAACAUCAAUAGCAGCUUCCUGUAGGGUCUGUUAAGUUGGAUUUAAUUAGACUGGUGCAAUUGAACCAAAAUAGCUAUAUGAACAGCUAUAUAACUAUAAGUAUGUUUUACUAAUUGAUGACUGUCAAUAUAAUGCACUUUGCUGUACAAUCUGAGAGGAAAUGUUCCGUGUAUUUUCCUUUAUUUUUAUACCAUCAUUUAGCCUGUUAAAUGGAAUAAUACCUAUUUGGGGACUUGAAUUAAUGAAUAAAGGAAAAUAAACCAAGUAGCAAAAAAUAAGAUAAGGUAAUAAAAUAAGUUUGGUAGUUGUCCUUUUGUUAUUAUCAAUACCAGUAAACAAAAGGAUAUUUCUUGUUACAUGUUUUAUGGACAAACAUUACAGUUUAAAAAGCAAUAUUGAUAAUGCUGUAAUGCGAAUAGAAAGCAAAGACCACCGUUGUUCCAUCAUAAGUAUGUUGUAAUGCCUUUUAAGAUGUUUUAAAUCUAACCUUUUAAUCCAGAUUUGACUGAAGUUCUGAUGAUAAAUGGGCCAUGAAAAAUGACACUGGUUGAAACAGGAGCAUGCUACGUCAAACUUUUACAAAAAUAAGUGAAAUUAGACUCUGUCCAUUCCCUAAAGCGAACUGGAACUUGGUGAUGCGACAUGUCAUUGUGUCAUGAUAAUGUAUAUACUACUUUGGAGCACCCUGAAAAAUGCACACGUCCCAAUGUUUGCAAAGCACAAAUGUUUCCUUUCACAGAUUUCUAUAUACCGCUAGAUUUUAGGGCCUAAAACAAUCUAACAAGAGAUCUCUAAACUUCUAGCACUAAUUCAAUUGUGUCGUGAACUUUCUGUAUAAGCAGUAAGGUGAUUGAAUCUUACCCAUGAAUGCCUGAACACUCUAAAGUGCUUUAUACAGUAUGUUGAUUGUUUUUGUGAGCUAAAAAGUGAUAUUGUGGUACAUGUAGUACCAAGAAAAAAUAUUUUUCAUAUCAACUGAAAACCUUUACAAAAAAAGAUUAUGGAACUGUAUACAGUUUCAGAACCACUUUAUAUUUGAAAAUAUGUAAAAUAUACUGUAACAUGUUUGUGAACCAAAUAGUUGCUUUCAUAAUUUGUAUGAAAUCAUUAGCUUUAUUGUUAUGGACAGCUUUUCUCAUGACUAUUAUUUGUUUCUGUUAUGAGAAGAUUUCACUUCUUAAGCUGUGUGAAGGGUACGUUUUGACUAACAAUACAGUCGAUACAUGUAAACAAGACCAGGGGCAUCUUGCCAAAGACACCUUUUCUUUCUUAAACCAGUGUGUAAGGUGGUUUUGCACGUAUUCUUUGAAUGUUCUGAUCAUAAGCCAUUUAUUACAACCAACAAGGUAUGUUAAAUAAAACAUGCCCUUUCAAAUUCAAGCUGACUCUUGUUGUUAAGACUGAGUGGAGCUCUAUUUUUGUGUGUGGGAAACUAAACUUGCACUUCUAAAGACUGAAUAAAAAAAGUCUAACAUGCA